AUGGUGGUUCCUGGACUCUCCUCCAAAAUUGAUCCUUGCUCCGAGAACAAUGGUGGUUGCUCGCAGAUUUGUAUCAAUGCUGCUGAAACAAUGACGUGUUCCUGCCAUGAUGGAUACGAAUUGGAAGAAGAUGGAAAAUUAUGUAAAAAAAUUGAUCCUUGCUCCGAGAACAAUGGCGGUUGCUCGCAGAUUUGUAUCAAUGCUGCUGAAACAAUGACGUGUUCCUGCCAUGAUGGAUACGAAUUGGAAGAAGAUGGAAAAUCAUGUAAAAAAUUUGAUCCUUGUAAACACAACAAUGGUGGAUGUGAUCAUAUUUGUCAGCCUGAAGAUUUGGUCGCCAUUUGCAAAUGUCACGAAGAUUACGAGUUGGAUACUGAUAACAAAUCUUGCAAAAGGAAGAACCCUUGCUUGAAAGAAAAGGGUGGUUGUGAUCAUCUGUGUCAGUUUGAAGACGGAAUUGUGUUUUGUACUUGCCAUCAUGGUUUUGAAUUGAAAGAAGACGGGAAAACUUGCAAAAGAAUCAACCCUUGUGAAUUAUCAAAUGGUGGAUGUGAACACAUUUGUGAUUCAUACGACGAUUCCGCUCGAUGUAGUUGCAACAACGGGUUCACUAUUCAAGAAGAUAUGAAGUCUUGUAAAGGUGUGUAA